CGACAGCUGAGCAGACAUCUUGGAGAACGAAUUGGCAACGCAAUGGGAUCUUCAAAGAAGCAUAAGGAGAAGGAAAAAAGAUCGAGAUGUCUCCUUUGCUGGAGGAAGUGGAGAAGAUCGUCACAGGGAGCACAAGAAGCACAAACAUAAAGAACGUGAGCGAGAAAGACGAAAGAGGUCCCGGGAGAGAGACAGACCUAGGGAUAGGGAUGGAAGGUCCCGUACUUCCAAGGAUACAGAUUCUCGAAAAAUAAAGAAGGAAAAGAUGGACCCUACUUAUGACCAGGGUGCUGCUCCUAAAUCAGCAGGUGGAGAUUCUUCGUUAAGCAUUGAGGAGACAAAUAAACUUCGUGCUAAACUUGGUUUAAAACCCCUGGAAAAUCAAUACUGCCAAAACGGAAAGUGGCACUAAGGAAGACCCAGUUGCAGCAGCUGUUAUUAACCCACUAGCUCUAAAACAACAACAGGAACUCAGAGAGAAAUUAGCAGCUGCUAAAGAAAAGAGGAUGCUGAACCAGAAAUUGGGUAAAAUAAAAUCCUUGGGGGAGGAUGAACUAUGGUUAGAUGAUACAGCUGCUUGGAUUGAGAGAAGCCGAAAGCUUCAAGCAGAAAAAGAAAAGGCAGAGAAGAGGGAAAAACUCUUAGCAGAAAUGGAUGAAGAGUUUGGUGUCUCUAAUCUUGUGGAGAAGGAAUUCGGGCAAACAAAGUUACAGAACUAUUCAUCUACAGAUUUGCAGGGACUGACUGUUGAGCAUAAUAUGGAUUCCUUUAUGGAGGGACAGACUGUAGUUUUAACACUCAAGGACAAAGGUGUUCUUGAUGAAGAUGAUUCUGAUGUCUUAGUUAAUGUGAACAUGGUAGACCGAGAGAAAGCAGAUAAAAAUGUUGAGCUAAAGAAAAAAAGACCUGAUUACAAACCUUAUGAAGAAGUAGAGAGUGUGGAUGACAUGGUUGUGUUCCGUCACAAAUCUGUCCUUUCCAAAUAUGAUGAAGAGAUAGAAGGAGAAAAGAAGAAAUCCUUCCGACUGGAGACUGGAGGAACAGUGGAUGGUUCAUGGGAAAAAGAACUGCAGUCAAUUCGGGAAACGUUGCACAAUCAAGCGCAAUCUCUAGAACUGCCAGGGUUGAAGAUUGCAUCUGAGUACUAUACACCGGAAGAGAUGGUCUCCUUCAAGAAAACAAAGAGGCGAGUGAAAAAGAUACGCAAGAAGGAGACAGCCAUUCGAGCUGAAGACUUCUUACUCAUGAAGCUAGAUACUCGAGAGAGUGAUUUUGGAUCUAGGUCUCGGGGACGUGGUCGAAGGCGAGUUGAGGAUUCAGAUGAAGAGGAAAAUCUGGAUCUUAAAGAGGCCGUGCCACAAUCUGAUGACCUUCGAGUGGAGAGUAUGGACAUCAGUGACCAUGUUUCUUUUCCAGAAACUGCUCCAGGAUCACCAUUUGCUUUGGAAGAAGAUGAAUUGGAGACUGAGUUAGAAAAACAGCUGGACAAAAGUAGACGCCUGAAGCAGCAACAGAGAGAGGGUACUGAGAAGGUUUGCUCUUUUAAGGUUGUUUCAAUGGUAAAAAGGCUGACUUCUCAAAAGAGUCAAGAUGAAGAAGAUGAUGAUGACAAGAAGGGGUCCAUUGUGUUCAAUGCAACAUCUGAAUUCUGCAGAACUCUUGGGGAGAUUCCAACUUAUGGUCUGGCAGGGAACAGAGAAGAUCAAGAGGAUUUAAUGGACUUUGAGAAAGAAGAUGAGGAAUCUGAGAAAGAUGGAGACUCUGAUGGAGAAGAAAAUGUUGGCUGGAGCAUGGUGAAUCUUGAUGAGGAAAAGAACCAGCAAGAGUUUUCUGCAGCUUCAACAACUAUUUUGGAUGAAGAGCCGAUUGUAAACAGAGGUCUGGCUGCUGCUUUACAUCUUUGUCAGAACAAAGGUCUGCUGGAGACAACGGUACACAAAGUGGCACGUGUCAAAGCUCCCAAUAAAUCCCUUCCAUCAGCUGUAUAUUGUAUAGAAGACAAAAUGGCAAUAGAUGACAAGUAUAGCAGGAGGGAAGAGUACAGAGGGUUUACACAAGAAUUCAAGGAAAAGGAAGGCUACAGGCCAGAUGUGAAGAUUGAGUACGUGGAUGAGACUGGAAGAAAGCUUUGUCCAAAGGAGGCUUUUAGACAGCUGUCUCAUCGGUUCCAUGGCAAAGGCUCAGGAAAAAUGAAGACAGAGAAACGCAUGAAAAAAUUGGAUGAGGAAGCACUUUUAAAGAAAAUGAGUUCCAGUGAUACCCCACUUGGUACAGUGGCACUCCUGCAGGAAAAGCAGAAGGCUCAGAAGACCCCUUAUAUUGUCCUUAGUGGGAGUGGGAAGAGUAUGACAGCGUGAGUAACAAAAUUGACUAAAU